AUGACGAAGAAAAUGAAGAAGACGAAGAAGGGGAAGAGGGAUACAAUGACGACAACGAUAACAAUGACGCUGGAGAAGAAGGUGGAGAAGGAGAAGGUGGAGAAGGAGAAGGUGGAGAAGGAGAAGGUGGAGGAGGAGAAGGUGGAGAAGGAGAAGGUGGAGGAGGAGAUGGUGGAGGAGGAGAAGGUGGAGGAGGAGAAGGUGGAGGAGGAGGAGAAG